AUGGAUGAAGAAAUUGCAGCUUUAGAAAAUACCAAAACUUGGGUUUUGACUAAUAUACCUAAUGGAAAGCAACCUAUCAGAUGUAAAUGGGUAUACAAAAUAAAGAGGCAUGUUGAUAGCAAUAUUGAACGAUACAAGGCAAGAUAUUUGGGUUGUAUCAGAUGUCAACCUGUUUCUACUCCCAUACAGCCAGGCACAAAAUUUUUCAAGACAGAAGGGAAACCUUAUUCAGAUGUGCAUGCCUAUAGAAGACUUCUUGGCAGGUUACUAUAUCUAACCAAUACAAGACCAGAUUUAUGUUUCGCUAUUAGUACUCUCAGUCCAUUUCUUUUCAAUCCUUUGGAAGAUCACUAUGCAGCAACAAUAAGGAUCCUGAGAUAUAUCAAGAACAAUCCAGAACAAGGAUUAUUCUUUCCCUCCAACACAGAACAUGCUCUCAAGGCUUUUAGUGAUUAUGAUUGGGCUGCUUGCCCUGACACUAGAAGGUCUAUGACUGGUUUUAAUGUGUUCUAUGGUGCAUCAUUAAUCAGCUGGAAAUUCAAUGGCUUCUGUAUUUGCUCCAUGAUUUGA